ACUCGACCCACUAAGGAGACUCGAGGGUUUUGUGAGCUCUCUUUGAUUAUAUAUCACCUUCCUCCUGCUCUAGGUUUUCAGAUUCCUCCGAGCGGCGCAGCAGUUGAACGAACACGAGUGAAAGCUUCACGAUGGCCAGAAUCAAGGUUCACGAGCUGAGGGACAAGUCGAAGAGCGAUCUUCAGAACCAGCUUCAGGAUCUUAAGGCUGAGCUCGCUCUCCUCCGUGUCGCUAAAGUCACCGGUGGUGCUCCCAACAAGCUCUCCAAAAUCAAGGUUGUCCGCAAAUCCAUAGCUCAGGUGUUGACUGUGACAUCCCAGAAACAGAAGUCUGCUCUCAGAGAGGCGUACAAGAACAAGAAGUUCAUUCCUCUUGAUCUCCGUCCCAAGAAGACCCGUGCUAUCCGCAGACGCCUCACUAAACAUCAGCUCUCUUUGAAGACAGAGCGUGAGAAGAAGAAGGAAAUGUAUUUCCCAAUCAGGAAGUACGCCAUCAAAGUUUAACUUACCUGUCCUUUUAAAAAAAAACUCUAGCUACUAGAAACUCUGCUUCAGCUUUUGUUGUUUGAUGGAAACUUGUUUUUGUUAUUCACUUGUUCUAUUGUGUCAAACAAUUUCAGCAACUUGGAUUUUGUUUCUUUUUUUAUGUUUUGAAUUUUAUCUUUGCAAGUUAUUCU